AAGAAAUACCUUGCUCUUAAGCAAUCAGGAGGAAGUGUCAAGAAAUCGGACGUGUCAGAUAAACUUCUCGGUUGCAGACAAUAAAACAACUGAACACAGAAGACUACGCUGAAGCAAGAAUGUUUGCUCUUUUCUCUCUAAUCUGUCUGCUUGUGAUGCCAGGAAGAUGUAGCCAAAAGUGGGCAGUGAAAUACUCAAGCACAGUAAAAUGUGUCCUGAAGGGCUCAAACACGAUUCUGUCUGGCAAUUUCACCUAUCCUGAUGGUCUCAGUAUAACCAAGAUAUUUUGGACCAUAUAUCCAGUAGGCAAGGAGACGCCAGAUCUGUCUGAAGAUCCAAAAUUUAAAGGCAGAGUUGAGUACUUUCUGGAUAAAAACCAAAAGUUCUUUCUUAAACUGUAUAAUAUAACAGAUGAGGAUGAACAUAUAUACUGCAUCAGAAUCAAAACAGAAAAUAUUAUAAAAAAAUAUUGGGGUCGUCAUGGAGUUCAGCUGAAAGUGACAGAGCUCAGUGUUGAGAUUCCCGAAGAGGUUGUUGAGGGAAAUUCUGCAGUUUUAUUUUGUAAAACCACAUGCAACUUUACAAGCAGCAGAAAAUAUAUCUGGUACAAAAACAAAAGUCCUUUAUCAGAAUCAUUCAGUAGUAAUAAACUGAUACUGCAGUCUGUGAGCAGAGAUGAUGAAGGAAACUACAGCUGUGCCGUGAAAGGAGAUGAACAUUUGAAAUCUCCAGCCGUCACACUGAUGAUUCUUACAGAAGGAAACAACCUGGUGGCUGAGAAUAUAUUUACAGUGGGAGUGAUACUGGCUGUCAUCAUAACAUCUGUAUCUGUGAUAAUGUUGUUUGUAAUAGUGAUCUGUAUCAGAAGGAAAAGAGCGACAUCAGACGUUCAAAACAACACAAAUCUACAGCACCAUAGAACGUUGAGAGAUUCUCCUGCUGUAUGUUCUCAUUUGUCUCAGAUGGAGUCUUCUGAAGGGAUUUACAUGACCCUUGACCCCAAGACCAUGAGUGCUGAUUAUGACACACUGAGGGCUCUAUCUUACACCCGGCGCAAUGCAGCGCAAUGCGCGACGCAAGUGUCUUUCGCUAGUUUCCACCCUAAUUUUCACGUUUAGCGCCGCGUUGUUUAAAUAGCAAAUGCAUUUGCGCCCCCUUUGCGCCCAUGGGCGUUCUGGUCUGAAAAACGAGGUGUGUUCAGGCGCAUUGUUGGCGCGUUGCUAUUUUGAGGCAACU